AUGGCAUCGUUGGAUCAUUCAAGGCAAAGAAUAGUAUAUCUAAUUACGUAUAGUCGUGCAGAUACCUCCAAGUUUCCAAGUAAAGAGAGUUUCUCGUCAGCUAUUGUAGAAGCCUGGCACCAUUUUGGCAUUAGAGUAAUACAGUGGGUUACUUGCAUCGAGGCACAUAACAACAACAAUGAGUGUACGAGUGGAGACGAGAUGAAUCUAUAUCAUUACCAUAUGGCCUUAAAAUUAGCGAAGCGGGGAGAUGGCUUCAAGUACGAAACUACUUGGACGAGAAGUUUGAGUUCAAGUGAAUUUUAGUGACAACCAUAAUUCGUACUACACAGCCUACCGGUAUGUCACCAAGGAAGAUCGUGAAGCGUUACACUCCUCUGGACAUCCUGACCUUACUGAUGCGGUUCCACGGACCGAAGCUGCAAUAACUUCUCGGAAAAGAAAGGCAAAAAGACAAGGGCAAAGGCCAGGUAAAAAAAAAAAGGAAGUCAAAGAUCGGAGCGUCUCAGUGUUUACGAUGUCUGUCAGAUAGUUCAACACAAGGGUAUAACGUCACGGCUAGAACUCGUUUGCUUGGCUGUUGAACAAAAUCGAGAGGGUAAAAGUUCUCUGGCACAGUUUAUCGCAAACCGGGGAAAUAAAGCAGUAGAGGAAGCUAUGGAGUUAGCGAAAGAAUUUGCCGAAGCAGAGGCAAAGUGUCUCCGGGCUAAGAAGACCAGGAUCGAGUUAUUACAAGAACAAACUACAGGCGAAUGUGUCCAUGGUUGUGGGGGGAGGUGGUUAGAAGCAGCUCAGCAAUUAUUGCAAAGGCACAAUAAUACAAAAGAAGAUUAUUGUACCGCAAUUUACACGGCUUUGAGUAAGGGAAGAGGAAAGUACAGAAAUAUCUUUAUUUAUGGCGACACAAAUUGCGGCAAAUCGUUUAUCUUAGCUCCGUUGAAGGUCAUUUAUAAGACCUUUUGUAACCCCGCCACUGGUUCAUUUGCUUGGCUAGGAGCAGAGGACGCGGAGGUAAUUUUCCUCAAUGACUUCCGCUGGCAUCCCAAAAUUAUUGCCUGGGCUGACUUUCUACAGGCUCUGGAAGGCGACACAGUGCACUUGCCGACCCCGAAAAACGUAUGUAGCCGAGGUUUGGAACUAAAUAAAGACACCCCAUUUUUCGCCACCUCUGAUGCUCCUUUGGUUUUAAUUAAAGCUGGAGCAAUUGACAGCACUAACACUCGUAUCAUGAAUGUGAGGUGGAGAUUCUACCACUUUUGGAACCAAAUACCACCGAGGAACAACAGGAGUUAAUUCCAUGUGGUCGCUGCUUUGCUAAGUUUAUUUUGGACAACGCACGCAACGAUGCGUUGCUAUAGAGACACUGAGACAUUUCUCAGUAAUGAUCAGUAACAUUUCUCACUAGAGAAAAGUGGUUUUUGAAGGUAUUAUGCCAAUUUGUUAACGCUAUUUUAGCGCUAAGAAAGUCUCUGUUAUGCCCUUGUGAUAAAACGGGUAUUUGUUCUCGCAUUCCUGCAGAUAUGUGAAAAUAAUUGACAUUUCUCACCUUGAAAUUAAAAAAAAACAAAACCUUUAAUUAAUCUUUUAUAGUCGUUUCAGUGAGAAAUGUUCAAAAAAGCGCCGCAAACUGCCUAUGUUAACAAGAAACGAGGGGAAAAGAAAAUUAAGACAUUGACAAGCCACACAAGAGUUUAUUUUCAAGAAAUAUAGCUCUUUGUGAAUUACAAUUCAAACAAAACGGCCUCGUAGACAAGUGAGAAAUAAGGUGAGAACUGUUCAACGUAUCUGUCACGCAAUGCCCUUUCCUAAAAUAAUAACCUUUCAGAGCAAUUUUACAGUCAUCACAGUUUCUUGAAAUGGAACAAAGUUGCCCUUGACGUUGAGUAAAAACUUCUUAAGUCUUGGAAAAUGUAAUAGAUAGUGUGGACCGCUGUAUCGAGGCACUCCAGUCAAUAUUUUGUUUUGUGACCUUUGGACGCCAGUACAGCUUCAAUUCUGCGAGUCGUACUUAAAAUUAGUUUAUCGAUAUCCUCGAUAGGAAAAUUAUCAAAGGCUCUCAAAACCCGAGCGGUGAACUGUUCAAAUGACUCCUUUGUAAUAUUCUGUGUUACAGCUUCUUCAUCCAAGUGACAUUUGAUUUGGUUGAAUAAAUUUUCUAUGCAAUGGAUAUCUGCGCAGCGAGGAGGAAGUUUAAGUAACUCCGCCUCAAUUUCCUCUAGGGCCUCCUUCGCACGCUUGCUUGUCUGGCUAGGGUCGUUAUCCAUGACAAAGAGUCGUCUUGCGUUUCUUUUCGGCCCUGCCCGACCAAACGCUAUAUUGAAAUGGCUCCUAAUAAACUGAGCGAAGAAACUUCCGUGCAUUUUUUCGUAGGGUACUGUUAGUAUUACCCCUUUUCCGUAAGCAAUGGCUACGAGCACGUGCAAACGUCUACCACCAGGCAGGUCCUUGGAACCUUUUGAUGUAAACUUUAGGCCUUCUCCCUUCUGUCGCCAUAUCCGUGAUUUAUUUACAUUUGCACCGCUCUGCGGAUUGUAUUUGUGGACAAAGGACACGGCAUCUAAGUAAAAGGCCACUUCAUUUGCCCAAAACUGGGGAUUUUCCGCGGCUACACGUUUCAUUUUGCGAGCGAAUCGUACACGCAACUUGCGGUCGUUUUCACUAAGAAGGCCCUUUUUCCUCGCUUGCAAAUAUGAGUAACCACUUUCAUUUAAAUAACGAGAAAAUGUUCUUCUACUUGCCAUUUCAAAAUUAAGCCCACUUUGCUCCACUAUGCUUUUAACUGUAAUGUUUCUACAGUUUCUUGCCCUUAACUCCUUUAGCGCGCGGACAAGUUUUCGCACACUACGUUGACUUACUUUCCGUGGUCUCCCGCCUUUGUUACUUGACUUUGAUGCGUCCUUAUUUGGCGGAGGAUUGUCGCUGCAAAUCCUAGCAGCAGAAGACUUGGAAAUCCCACACUCUCUUGCUAUUUCACGGUACGAUGCCUUCCUGUACUUUCGCAAAAACAACGCUAAAGCUGUUUGCACACUUGUUAUUUUCUGGUCGCAAACCAUCCCGAAUUAAGCUAUGAAGCAACUUCUGAUGACUGUUUAAAAGUACAUGACUUCUUAUACAGAAAAGGUUAAGAUGCAGGCAUUCCCAGUCACGAAUUUUGUACAGUUUUGACGUGUAAGGAAACUCCCCGACGCAUGAAAAUGAGUACGUCACAGAUUCGUGAUAAGCAUUCGAGACUGUUCUUCUAUGCGCCUCAGGUCACGAAAUAAAUAACAAUUACUUAGUAAUACCUGGCAACUUUUUAUUUGAACUUACUAUACUUACGAAUCCACAACUUUUAUCUACGUUUCUUAACGUUUAAAAGACUUUUUCCUAUAGAAGGGUUUUCAGACAACCCUGGCCAAAACUCUUGGGACAUUAACCAAACAGCUGGUGAAAAUGACGCAUUUUUUCUCUCCCCCGUCCCCCGGUUCAGUGUUGACGUUACGGCUUCAAAUCUUUUUCAACACAAUCAACAUUGCUGAGGGGAGGGGGGACAGCAGAAACAGGCUCUUUCAACAACAUUUCCAAGCAUUUAUAACAGGUUAAAUAUGCGCCUCAUUUUCUUACGUGUCCCAAGACAUUUUGACCAGGGCUGUCUGAAAAUGGGUUUGUUAUAAAAAACAGAAUUAUAUCAUUUUCCGUGUUUUCACACAGUUCCUUUUUUCAUACACCUGCCUACAAGUCCAAGUCUGCACUGUGGAUCACUAAAAUUCGGCGCCCUUUAGAAAAAUGUACGCUACAAGAAGUACAGGCACAUAUGUGUAAUGGUUUGGGGAUCUAUUAGUAUAGGGGAGAUAACUGGAAAGUCAGCUUUCGUUUUAUUUUCUGACUUGAAACAAUGUGGUACAAUAAAGGGCAAGACGUUGUUUGUUCGUUAUGGCCAUAUUCAAAAGCAGGGAAAGUCACAUGAGCAAUCGGCACGUUCUGAAUGGUCAAGCGAUGACUUCGAAAAUUUGAAUUCAAAUUAAACGAUCUUUUUCGGGAACCCAACAGCUUAGAGAGUUCAGUACAGUAACGACUUGUUUAUCAACUGAAUAUGGCAUCCUUGGAUCAUUCAAGGCAAAGAAUAGUAUAUCUAAUUGCGUAUAGCCGUGCAGAUACCACCAAGUUUCCAAGUAAAGAGGGUUUCUCGUCACCUGUUGUAGAAGCCUGGCAGCAUUUUGGCAUUAGAGUAAUACAAUGGGUUACUUGCAUCGAGGCACAUAAUAACAAUAAUGAGUGGAGACGAGAUGAAUCUAUAUCACUACCAUAUGGCCUUAAAACUAGCAAAGCGGGGGAGAUGGCUUCAAGUACGAAACUACUUGGACAAGAAGUUUGGCGUUAAAGUGAAUUUUAGUGACAACCAUAAUUUGUACUACACAGCCUACCAGUAUGUCACCAAGGAAGAUUGUGAAGCGUUACACUCCUCUGGACAUCCUGACCUUACUGAUGCGGUUCCAUGGACUGAAGCUGCAAAAACUUCUAUGAAACGAAAGGCGAAAGACAAGGACAAAGGCCAGGGUAAAAAAUGAUGUCAAAGAUUGGAGCGUCUCAGUGUUUACGAUGUCUGUCAGAUAGUUCAACAUAAUGGUAUAAUGUCACGACUGGAACUCAUUUGCUUGGCUGUUAAAUAAAAUCGAGAGGGUAAAAGUUCUCUGGCACAGUUUAUCGCAAACCCGGGAAAUAAAGCAGUAGAGGAAGCUAUCGACUUAGCAAAAGAAUUUGCCAAAGCAGAGGCAAAGUGUCUCUGGGCUAAGAAGACCAGGAUCGAGUUAUUACAAGAACAAACUACAGGCGAGUGUGUCCAUGGUUGGGGGGGAGGUGGUUAGAAGCAGCUCAGCAAUUAUUGCAAAGGCACAAUAUUACAAAAGAAGAUUUUUGUACCAUAAUUUACACCACUUUGAGUAAGGGAAGAGGAAAGUACAGAAAUAUCUUUAUUUAUGGCGACACAAAUUGUAGCAAAUCGUUUAUCUUAGCUCCGUUGAAGGUCAUUUAUAAGACCUUUUGUAACCCCGCCACUGGUUCAUUUGUUUGGCUAGGAGCAGAGGACGCGGAGGUAAUUUUCCUCAAUGACUUCCGCUGGCAUCCCAAAAUUAUUGCCUGGGCUGACUUUCUACAGGCUCUGGAAGGCGACACAGUGCACUUGCCGACCCCGAAAAAACGUAUGUAG